CCCAGCACCCAGACUUCCCCCUGCACCCUGCCAGGGAGGGUUUCGGUGACAGCAGCCAGGCACCCAUGGCCUGGCCCUGAGCCCCCUGCCUCCUCCCUGCCUCAGGGGUGGCCGCUCUGCUGCUGGACCGGGGAGCGACAGCCCAGGAGCUACAGGAAGAUGAUGUGGCUGCCCACCUCGCCAUCGGCGCUGGCAUUGAGGACGUGGCUGGGGCUCGGGCUCUUUGUGCUGCUCUGCCUUGGGAUGGGCCAAGCACUGGAGAAGAAAGCAGUCAAUGGCAAAGUUGGGGGAAAGGUCAGCCUGCCUUGUUGUCAUGAAAUUCCCAGCUCUGAAAGCCUACAGAAGUACCGUGUCUACUGGCAGAAGAACAUUACAGACGUGGUGCUGGCCUACUCAGAGGGGAAUAUGAUCCCCAACCACAAGCGGUACCGGAACCGGACAGAGAUGGACCCCUGGAACCUCACCCUGUGGAUCUCCCCUGUGGAAAUCCUGGACAAUGGCUCUUACCAGUGUGUAGUGCAGCGCAAUUCUGUCGUCGUGUGUGAUGAGUCUGUCAGCCUCUUUGUGACAGCUGACUUCAGCAAGCCCAGCAUAACAGCAGAAGUGUCCGGUGGUUCUUGCGAGUCGACAGAGAUGGUGGUGACCUGCUCUUCUCACGGAGGUUUCCCCAGGCCCACAAUCUCUGGAGCCCUCAACAACGUGUCCGUGGAGUGGAACGCCAGCUGGGUGUCCGAGCCCAGCCUCAGAACAUACAGUGUCACUGGAAAACUGGUGCUCAACGUGACCAAAGAUGUCAACAUCACCUGCUCUGUGGAAUACAGUGGCUUUGCCACAUCCACCAGUUUGCCUCUGAAAAAUAUAAAUGACUGCGUUGUUCCUCCUGUGCCUCCACCUUAUAAUGUCAUUAUUGCUUCAAUUAUCAUCGUUAUCACCUUCAUUCUGGCUAUCACCCUGACAGCAAGAUACCUCCCAAGAUAUGUUUGUUCUCGCUGUUGUAAGAGCCAGGAUUCGGUGGAAGAGGGUGUGAAAGGAUAUACAAAGCCACCCAUGAGCUCUAAAGGGACAGCUGAAACAUCAUCUGUAUGACCAGAUCGCAUUUGCAGGUUCUCCACGCUGUGCGUCCCGCGCUGCAGCCUCCACUGCUGGUCGUACAGCGAUGCUUGCUGCAUGGACCUUCGGCUCUCUGCAAGGCGGAGGCGGCAGGAGAGCACUGCCCACCAGGGCUGACAACACCGCCUCCCGUGAACGAAUGCAAGCCCCGGCCACGCCACAGAAGCUCCUCGGCGGUGCCCACGUUACAGCCAGGGGCUGGGACUCCAGCUGAGAGCACUCUCCGUGUUCCUGCGGCGGGCAGAAGGACGGCAUCAGUGGAACCAGGUCAGGGCUUCGGAGCCUCUGGCUUGCUACUGCCUCUGCCAGAAUCAGCAGCCUAGCAGGGAGCCCAUGCCCACCUACCCCUUCAGAAACACGGAGCUGCCCUUUGGGACACCCCAGAUCCUGACACACAAUCUCGUCAGUGCCUCCAUGCUGUGAGUCGGAGCAGCUAAAACUUCUUUUAUAUUCAGCCUCACACAAGUAUCUGUCCUUCCUGCUGGACGACUUUGGAUUUGGACUCAACCAUUACAGAUACACGUCCCUUCUCCACUAAAGAGGCAAUAGUGGAGACAUUUUUCAGGAAAAAAAAGACACCUUGGAAGUGAGUCCAUGUGCCUCAUGCUUAUUUGCAGCGCUAUGAGACUUUUUAGGGAAUGAUACACACUGACAGCACUCAUAAGAGCUAAUUAAUAUUGCUUAUCUACUGCAAUGGCACAAGUUCUCAGAACCUUUCUCUCCUGAAAGGACAGCCUUGCCAACCCAAGCACUGAGGCACAGCUCUUCCAUUCAGUUGCUGUGUGAGGACCCACAACCUGUGCACACACACGGCCAAGCUUUCAUGUGCCCUCCCUCCCACCCACAGCUCUAAAGCCCCACUGGGACUUGUGUGACAGCCUGUGAUGAUCUCAUGUGUAUCUACUGUAAUCAAAUGUAACUCAGGGCCUUGCUUCAUAAACAUGGGUCUGCUUCUGUGUGUACAUCUGCCAUGGGAUGCUUGUUAUGGAAAGCUCUGCAGAUUUGGGGGAGUUUAUCCCAGCAACAUGAGGAUAUUUACUUUUAUUUACUAUUUACUGAAUGUUGCUGCUUUCUGCCAGUGUUCUCUCUACUCAGCCAGGACUAGAAGGAAUUUCCCUACAGGACUCAUCUGAUCUGGGUGACAUUCUUGCCUACUGUGUAGGAAAAAAUGGUUUCUCAUUUUCAGGGGAAAGGAGGAAAAUGCCCCAAGCCACAGUAAGCUUCCUAAGCAACUCUGCCUACUAACCUAACUCAACCCUGCCCUGAGUUUGACUGGAGUGUUUUUCCUUUUUGCUCUGCAAGCUGUACCUCACUGUUUUAUCCAUAUUAUCAGGGCAAACCAAAGUCUGAAAGCACAAUGUCAUCCUCUUUGUGGGAUGUGUUGUUACUCGAGCUGCUUAUCUUCCUAGGACACAGCAAAGACAUAGUCCAUCCAUUUCACUUUUUUUCUAGUUGGUAUAUCUUGAGAAACUGCUGGAGAAAAUAGGGGGAUUAAAUGUGGUUUAUAGGAUACUGAGCUCUGAGAUUAAGUAAAAAAAUAAGACAAUGCUCCCUUUCUACUCCUGCAGAGUCACGCUGUGCCAUCACCUUUUUACUGCUUUCCCAUUGUACCAAGUGUAAUGGGAACUUCAGAACAUUCUUACAGAGGAGUUUUUGUCACAGUGAAGGAGGUAAGCUGGGGAUAAGGAAGCAACUGCACUUGUGUGUUCUGGCUGCAAACAGAGCACAAGUGACAGAAAUCAGGCUAUUUCCAAAAGAGAGCCUGACCCUAUGGCAGGAUUUGGUGCAUGAAUGAUGUGUCUCACUUUUCAGGUUUCCUGUUCUUUCAGCCUAUGCUUGCUCCAGCACAAACGACCAGCUUCUUGCAGGCUGACCACUCCCUCUUGGCAUUCAUUUCCAACUUUGCUGAUUUCCAGCACUGUUCUUCCCUAAAACCACACUGCAAUUGCACCUUGCCAGCCACACCACAGCUCUGCCAGUUGUACCAUCAUGUUUUCCCCUCUCACUAUCCCAUGCUCUCUCUACUUGUGCUCCUGACCAGUGAUUGUGCAGCCUCCCAGAGGAUUUCUUUUGCACUGUGCCAAACCUUUCUACAUCACCGCGGAUUCCAGUAACACUUUCAGAAACUCCUUCUAAAGGAAACCAGAAAUUUCACUGACAAUAUGUCUAGCACCUGGUUAUUUUUAUAUGCUUGAUGGGCAGGUUAUUUGGUUCAUUUUUCAUUAAGCACUAAUACUCUGGAUCAGGUUUUCCAUUGCCUUACGCUGUAUUCAGUGAAUUGCACACAAAUCGUUUCUGUGGGACCUUCUUAGCUUUGUAUCUGUGUCGUUGUAGCAAGUGAGCUGCUCUGUUUACCAUGGGUGUUUUGUAUAUAAUGUUGUCUCCCGGGGUUCCUCCUUUAAUUGUAUUAAAAAGUAAAUGGUAAACUCAGUUUCCUUUCCUUAGUAAUAAAAUAUGUCUCUCUAUGCACUGGGUAGAGCCUCUGUUGUUCAUUUAGCCACCAUUUCACAGCAUGCAGGUAGGUGAUGCAGGUGUUGACAAAGCUGUACCAGGUACAGCUGGCAUCAAACCACAGCUCUGUCUGGUGUGCUGACAGCAGUGACAAAAUGACACUCAGGUAACUCAGCUUGUGACUUCCACACCCCUCACAUCUGUCACUUUGCCAGGGGUUAGCUGAGCAGUGUAGCUACAGAUCCUCCUCCUCCCUCCAAACAGGAGGUUCUCUGCAGAAGCAAAACCCAAUGUAAGGUGUUCUCACUGUACCCCUGCUACUUGGGUUACCUGCUCUGAAAGUGGAGGGUCAAUAGUUUCAGUGCUGUGCUUUUGCUGGGGGUGGAGGGACUGGGGAUGUGAAGAGUCCCUUACAGGUGAAUGUAAAAAACAAACUCUGAACCAGUUCUUCACUCCUCAUUCGGGAGUCUAAGAAAUAAGGAAGUGCAGGGAACUAAAUUCAGCUGGAAACUGAGAAACAAAUGGCUGCUAAUCUUGAGUGUAGCUGGAAGUCUCUGCUCCCCCUGGCUAAUAAGCAGCAUAAGAACAUGUAGCAGCCCUCCCUUGCACAGAGAGAAAAUCCACACAACUGCUACACCUUGGCUCUGCCUCUCCUCCCAUGGAAGAACAUCCCUGCAUCAACGGUCAGUCACAGGAAAAUUAUUUAGUAUUCUUUAGGCAUCACAUCAAAUACCACCAAACAGGAAUGGAGACAGAGCAAUGACACAGCUAAAUGUCAUCAGAGCUGCUGUACAGAUAAGAGUGUGGGAUAUUGGUGGGGAUGUAAUAGCAAGAAGAAAGAAGAUAAAAAAGAAGACGAUAAGACAUCGCUGUGUAAGCACAAUGGCAAAAUGUGACUUAGAAAGGCCUAUUUUCUUUUUUUGGGGGGGCAAAGGACAACACCAUUACUGUCACCAACAUAUGCAGAGUUUAAAACAGGAAGAGGGAAAGACAGAUGCAUACCUCUGCUUAUGCAGAUCCUUCACUUACACAUCAGGAAGGAAAAUCAGAGCUAGUUGAUGACAACCCUGAAAUACACCUGUCUCUUCAAUGGAAAAAUGAGCUACACUGGGGUGUUUAAAAAAUUAAAUGCUCACUUCAGGAGUCAGAAAACACAACACCUUCUUGAAAGCAAACUGUGCCAAAAAUCUGCUCUGGGUGGGUGGAAUACACUCUGUGGGAUCGACUGUUCAUAUUUCAAUCAACAGUAAUUAUCUGGAAAGGCACUCAACCAGAACAGAUUCUUUUCUUAUGAGAAGAACAGCCGAAAAUCCUGUUUGGAUGUAAUUCCUUUUAGUAGGAGAAAAUUUCCAACAAAGGAACAGGAAUUCUGACCUCCUGCUUUGGGGAAACAGUGAUGGGCCACUUCACCCUUCUGAGUCCAGACCAUUUUACAGUAACUCCAGCACCACCCACAGGUAACAGCUCAACUCUGGAACACAAUAAUAGAGCUGGCACUCUC